UUGUUUUAAUUGUUUAUUGGUGCACUAAAACCACUUGAGCAUUUUAAUAUUUUGUUUAUUUUCUUUACCACUACACUUUCCUCCAAUAUGGAAAACCCCUGAGUUAGUACAUUCUACAAAACUAUUUUCCGACUAUUCUUACUCUUCAAACUCUCUUCUUCUUCUUCCUAGUCUUUUUACAUCUAUAUGUACAUGUAAACUCGAAUAAGUGCCUUUACGGUUAUUGCCACAUUGGCCCAGUUUUACCUGAUGAGUCAGUAUUCACGCUUUCAGUCACUUACCUUAUACCCAGUUUCUAGUACUUACUACUUAUUGUAAAAAAUAUUUUUUUAUAAAACUAAGUAAUUCAAUAUACUACAAUUUGAAAGACGAAAGAGCCAGUGUGAAAAAACGAAUUAGUUUUAACAGCAAGAUUUAAAUUGGCAAAUGAGAAUAAGACGGCAAAGUACUGGGAAGAAGAAGAAGUGAAGAAAAUAAAUUGGAAUCUAAAAGGCUCGAACAUAUCUUUGAGAUGUAGAAUAACAAGAAAUGAACCAAAAAAAUAGGCGUUCACCACGCCGUUUGUAGUACGUCUCGAGGCAGUAAGUAGAGUUGGUCGGUGUUCUGUCGAAACUAUAUCUGCGACGCGCUGAUGAGAUCCAACAAGAUCAAAAUCGCGAUCCGCACCUGGCGGUUUCGACAGAACGCUUGAUCAAUAUGAACUUUUUAUUUUUUGAAAAAAUAGGAAAUUCAAAUGGAAAGAGAGAAUGGACUAAAAAGGAUAAGAGAAAUAUUAUAGAGGAGGAAAAUAGCAGAAAAGCAAGAAGAAUAAAAAUGUUUAGUUCGCAAAAUUUAUGUUUCUGUAGAUAUAGAGUACCUAAAUGUAAAUACACCAUAAAAAAUAAUGUUUUCAAUAAAGAUAUCUAUCUAUCUAUCUAUUAAUGACUAUUUUUCAUUAGAAAUUACAAAUUAAUUAAAAUGAUCUUGGGAUAUUUUCUUUGUAUACCAAAUUGCAAGAUUCUAGGUCAACAGAAAAGACUCAGCGGAAAGAUGGACAACAAAAAGGUCCCAUAAAAUUGCGUUCCAUUUUUUUAUUACGAGGUACAGAAUUCUAAGAAGCUUUGGUUGUAGUUUACAGAAUGAGAAACGUUUGUAACUUUUACGUGAUAAGGACAAACGAAUUUUCUUUAUGAUAAAGUUUGCGAAUUGUAUUUCAGAUGGCGCUUUGAAAGCUUACUAUUAUCGAUUAAAAAGCUCCGAAAGCUCUCACAGUAAAUACACGUAGUUUGUCAGGAUAAAACAAAUAUACCUAAUUAUUUGAAAAGCGGAAACUCCUGAAUAAGAAGGGCUCAUUAAAAAUGGCUCCUGGACCCGAAGCAUAUUCUGGUCUUGAACCCAAUAUCAAAAAGCCCAACGUUCUUCAUGUCCAUCUGAUAACAAAUUUGUCGUGGCCGGAUGAAGAUAAAUUUAUAAAUUAUACCAUUCCUCCAGAAACUUUGUGGCCAUGGUGCGAUUAUUGGAAAGAACCUCAGCAUCUAAUGUUUCAGUUGGCAAAUUGCUGCUUUUCCAUUGCAUAUGCUUCACCGUGUUCUAAAAAGGGAGUACUUUUUAUGCAUUGUUGGUUAAUUCUUGGUUUAAUGUUAUUUUCAACAUGGGCUUGGAAUGUUAUUUGUGCACCAGAUGUAUUCACAUGGAACUUCGCAUUUAUGCUGUUAAAUAUGGCGCACGUCUUUCACAUUUUGUACCAAUUACGACCAGUUAAAUUUGAUGCAGAACUUGAAGAAGUUUACCAUACCUUAUUUUCCCCUUUCAAGGUAUCAAGACUUCAGUUCAAACGUAUGGUGAGUUCCGAAUUUGCUCAAAUUAUGUCAUUGCAUGCUGGAGAAGCUUAUGCGAUGCAGAAUUUAACGAGAACUGACCGAUUAGGUCUUCUCUUGUCUGGAAAGUGCAACGUCUUAUCGGAUAAUCAGUUUCUGCACCCCAUACUUCCUUGUGAGUUCCUCGAUUCGCCUGAAUUUGAAUCCAGUAGGAAUACAGUUGACGACAAAUUCAAGGUCUCUAUAGUUGCCACUAGCUCUUGCAGAUAUUUAUACUGGCAGCGAUCGUCGUUAGAGUAUUUGUUUGUGAAAGAACCAUACCUGGCCACCGUAUUAACUACCCUUAUUGCGAGAGAUAUUACUACAAAGCUUUAUGCAAUGAACAAUAAAAUCGUCACCGCGAAGGGCUCCCAUUUGGACAUCCGUUUGCCUAGUAUAACAUCAUCAUUGACUUCAGGUGGUGAAUAUAAAUCGCCAGUAAGAAUCAGGAACAAAAAUUCGGGUCCCAUGUCUCCAGAUUCCUUUCUCAGCGACAGGAGUCGCGACAAGUACAAAGACAACAACGACUAUUCAUCCCCCAACGGGCGUGCAAGCGAAAUGGAGCCAUUAACUGAGUUGCCCUCGAACGACGACUUGACAUCGAACGAUGUAGAAAGUUGGCUUGAGAACAGCUCAAAGUAUCACAGUUGCGAGAUAGUAGAUUCCUAUUGAGAUUCCGGAUAAGUAUAAAUUGGGACAAUACGCCGGAUAUCUCUGCCUUAAAAACGUAGAUUUGGUUGAAUGAUGGAUGAGUAUUAGGGGUCGAAUGCGGAAAUGCAUGCAAAUAAA